AGCUGGGAUAGGCUGGGAGUUUGGUCGGAGCCUACUGCGGGACGGGACAAGGCACAAGAAGGGGGCGGAAAAACCAGCCACCGCUCACUAACUUCUGGCUUCUGAGCGGCUGAAUGUCGGGCAGGGAAUUAGACGUAGCCCAGCUUUACGGAAAAUAGCAUUUGUUGCAUUCACGGGUCGCGGAUCUGACCGGCGCGGAUGACAGAGAAGCGUCGCCGUGCAAAAAACUUUCUCAGCCGGGUUUGAUCGCUCGUAAAAACCCAACGGGAAAUUCUGGGUUUUUUUUUUUCUUUUUUCUUUUCUUUUUAACGGAAACCCAAAGCAGAGGACAUCAUGCCACGGCGCACCGUGCAAGAAGUCACAGUGCAAGACGUCCAGAAGCGAAGGAACCCGAACAAGCACUACGUUUACAUCAUCAAAGUGUCCUGGAGCGAUGGCAGCACGGAAAUCAUUUACAGGCGCUACAGCAAGUUCUUUGACCUGCAGAUGGAACUGCUGGAUAAAUUCCCAGUGGAGGGAGGCCAGAAAGACCCUAAGCGCAGGAUCAUUCCGUUCCUACCAGGGAAGAUCCUGUUUAGGAGGAGCCAUAUCAGAGAUGUGGCCAUGAAAAGGCUGAGGCCCAUCAACGAGUACUGCAGGGCUCUCAUUCAGCUGCCGGUCUACAUCUCCCAGUGCGAGGAGGUCAGAGUAUUUUUUGAGACCAGACCUGAAGACCUCAACCCCCCCAAGGAGGAGCCCAUCGGGAAGAAGAAAUCAGGAUUUGUGGAGAGAGCGACUACUUUCCUAAAGCGAGGAGAUUCCACCUCAGCAGACCCUCUCCUCCUCGACCAGUAUGUGGCAGUAACAGACUAUGAAAAGCAGGAGAGCUCUGAGAUCAGUCUGCAUGCUGGUCAGGUGGUGGAGGUCAUUGAGAAAAAUGAGUCUGGGUGGUGGUUUGUGAGCUCGGAAGAUGCCCAGGGAUGGGUUCCUGCCACCUGCCUUGAGGCACAGGAUGACCCUGAUGACUUCAGUCUUCCAGCGGAAGAAGAAGAGAAGUAUUCAGUGAUUUACCCAUACUCGGCCAGGGACCAGGAUGAGAUUGACCUGGAGAGAGGCAUGAUUGUCGAGGUCAUUCAGAAGAAUUUGGAGGGCUGGUGGAAGAUCAGGUACCAGGACUGUGAGGGCUGGGCCCCAGCCUCCUACCUGAAGAAGUCGGACAUUCAGAGCCAGAAGCAGUCAGCAGGCACUGCUGCUCAUGCCAGUACAAAUGACCUAGAUGGGUUUCCCAGACAGAGCCAGCAAAACAAUGCAUCUAAAGAGAACCGAGACAACGGCCAGAAAGAAAACAGGCUGUCACUUUUCUCUGACAACAACAAAAGUAAAGUGGGAUCAAGACACGGACUUCCUCCACGCAGAGAUCUUACCAUUCCACGUGGGGCAAACCUACCAAAGCCACCCAUUCCUCCUCAGGUUGAGGAAGAGUUCUACACCAUAGCAGAUUUCCAGACCACUAUCCCUGAUGGUAUUAGCUUCCAGGCCGGAGUUAAAGUUGAGGUGAUUGAUAAGAAUUCAAGUGGUUGGUGGUAUAUCCAGAUAGAUGACAAAGAGGGCUGGGCCCCUGCCACCUUUAUUGACAAGUACAAGAAGACCAGUAAUGCCCUGCGACCUAAUUUCCUUGCCCCUCUGCCCAAUGAAAUGGAGAGGCUGAGACUGGAAGAUGGUGGUUCUUCAAAUGUUUCAGGCACAGAUGACAGCUGGUCCAAGCCUUUACCAGAUGAGCCAGCCACAGCCCCCGAGUCCUGUGCCCGGCCUAAGCUGAGAGACUGGAAGUCCAGUGCCAGCAAGGGGGCCUCUGCCUUCUCUGGCCCUUUGCCUCCAGCCCCAGCUGCCCCUCCAGUCGAGGAGAAACCAGCUCUGCCACCUCGAAGGGAGUCCAUUAAUAAGAGCUUUGAGUUGGAGGUAGCAGAGAAACCAAGAUCUGAUCAUCCCAAGCUUUUGCCCCCGAAACCCCCAGCUCCUGGGGUCAUCAUGCCGCUGGUUACACCAAAGGCGGCCCCCUUUAAACCGGACAAACCACCAGAGACCAAGAAAGAAGAUAAGAGCAAAGCUCUUCACCUUCGGAAUGAGAUGGGUCUUGAAUGUGGCCACAAGAUCUCUGCCAAAGAGGUGAAGAAGUUUAAUCUGAAACCUGUACCUAAACAGCCACCAAAACCCAAAUCAGAAGUGCAGGAGGAGAAGCCAGAGGUACCUGGCCCAUCAGUAUUUAUGAAGCCCAAGCCAGUCAUCCGACCUAAACCAGUUCCAGCUUCCAAGCCAGAUCCCCCAGCAGAGAACAAACUAGACAUCACCAACCUGAGGAGCAAGCUAAGGCCAUCAAAACCUGCAGAUCUCGGCUCCGCAUCAGCUGAGGUGAACCAUCAGAAUGACACUUCAGCAGCACUAAUUAGUUCUCACCCCAGUUCACCCCCUAGUUCUCCCCCCAUCCAUAUCCCUACUCUCAACAAUGGUAAGUACUGUGACGAGCCAAAAGUCCCCCCAAAACACAUUAAUGGUCAUAGCCAUGAGAGCUCAUCACCCCCUGCAAAACCAGCAGUACCUCCACACAAGGAACCCCCUCAGAGACCCCCUGGCAUGGCUCCAAGGAGACCUCCUCCUCCAAAGAAGACUGACCCAUCCAGUCCAACUGAGCUCAAACCUCCAUCUGCUCUAAAAGAAGCCCAGGACAUGCCAAAAGCUGGCCAAUCCCAACUCAGCAGACCCCCUCCCCCUAAACCUAAAGGAUUUGUUCAGACACCUCCAAACAAAGAGAAAGAAGAGUCCAAGUUUAAUAAAGUCCCAAUUCCUCCCAAGCCCCUCUUGAAGAGUGAGAAGCCUGGCCCGCCCAAGGACAAGCUUCCACCUUUACUCAAGGAGCCCAGUAAGGAGGAGCUGUAUCUAGCUGUGGCGGACUUUGAAGGGGAUGAGCAAACAUCCGGCUUCAAGGUGGGUACAGUUUUUGAGGUGCUGGAAAAAAACAGCAGUGGGUGGUGGUUCUGUAAAAAUGUAGGAGAAGAAGUCGAGGGCUGGAUCCCCUCGAAUUACCUGAGCAAGAAACCUUAGUGUGAAUGUGCUCUCAAAACCAUCACCAUAUGAAUAAAUAAAUAACCUAAGGAUCUAAAUGAACAAAUUGUCACUACUUUGUAGCUAAUUAGCUUUUUUUUUAAUUUAUAGGUACCUUUUUUUUUUUUUUUAAAUUGACACAUUUGUUAUGUUUAAUUUUGAUAAGGAUGUUCUACCUAAACUGAACCAGCAAUAACACAUUCCCUUAUGGGUCUUGUGAUGUUUACUUGUAUUUGUUUUUAUCUGAAUAUUACAUGAAAUAUUAGGUAAAGUUAUUUGCUUUUGUUGCCAUAUGCUAAUUGCAGCCUGUGCCAGUCCUGCCAUUACAAAGGCUAGACGUUAUAACAGCGAUAAAUAUAUCUACACCCAUGCCUUCUAUGAUAUGGUGCCUCAAUAUUAUCUGCAAAGUGCUUCAGUGCUUGAUAAACUGUAUGCAACUGUAGACAGCCAGUGUUUCUCCAGCAGUAGACAAAAAAUCCUAAAUCCCUUAGACAAAGACUGCACAUGAACCCAUAAAGGGAGUUCAUUGACUACAUCUGGGCUUUCAAGUGCUAUUAGCAAUUACUUAAGGAGAUGUCUUUGCCAAGUAGAAGUGCUUUUUGUUACACUAGAAAACAUGCAUAUUAGUUUUUGUCCUAUUGUAAUGCUUUUCUUCUUUGACUGCAUAAUUAAUGUUGCAGUGACUUGUAACAGAUGUGCACUUUUUCAGUCAUAUCAGAUGUGGUAGGUUUAAGGUUUGCACAUGCUUAAGGAAGGGGAAGAUGCCAUAGUGCAUUUUAUUUCUUGAUUUUACUUGUCAUUGUAUUAGCCACAUUUUUUUUUUUUUUACUCACUGUAACAAUGAAUCCACCAAUCCACCAAUGAAAAGACAGAAGUACUUUAACAUAAUCAUGCUCUCUCACACCCAAAAAUAAGAAUUGUGAAGUGUGACUUGCUGAGCACAUCUGCAUGUCUGUACCAGAUGUCUGACCAGGCAUAAGAAAUUGGAUCCUCAGUGAUUUGUGCAAUGAUUUACAGUAUUUUAAGUGUACAGUCUGACGUUUGGUGCUCAAAUAACAGCAAAGUUAUGAUCAUUGUAUAAAAAUAAUGUUUUACAUUAAUGCUUGACUGGUCUCAAGCAUAGUCAGUAUAGCAAAUUAUUUUUUAUUGUACAGUAAUUAGAGUCAUAUCUGAACUGUUAUCACUUUUCUUUGAAGGUCCAUCUGUUAGGUCUUUUACUCUGUACUGAUGAAGGGAUUAGAAGAAGAAAGAGCCUUGAGGGAAUUUGUUUAGUUGAUUUACGGGAUUUUCAAGAUAAAUGAAAAGUAGGUCUGUUAAGAAAAGUAAAUGAAACAACUGGCUGAUAAUUUCACAUCAGGGGGUCCAGAUUUUUUUUUUUUUUAAAGAAAAAAAAAAGAUUUACAAAAUUUUAAAAAAAAAAAAAAAAAAAGAGCAGAAUUGGAAAAUAAAAAUGUAUGUUCAUGGUUCUGGACAUAAUCAGACAACACUACAAGCUGUAACACUGAUUCUGUUCUGCUUCUAGUCGCUUUUAAUGUUACGCCACAUUCCACCCAUGUUUUAUUCAGAGAUUACAGUAUGUUACCAGCUAGAAAAAUAGAAGAUAAAUUUAAAUAUACCUAAAAUUGUAAUGUUCAGGUAAAAUUUAUGUGGAGAAAGGGCAGGAAGGUACACUACAGUGCAAAGCAAAUUUGUGGGUUGAUGGUGUCAUCAUUUCAGUAUUGUAAUCUUAUUUACUUUUUUGCUAUGUAUUUUGAAUUACAUUGAGUCUCCUUGUACUCAAGUCAAUA